UCAGUCGGCCCCGAACCGCCAGCAGCGCCGCGACGCCGAACCCCGUUCCCGCGGAACCCCUACGCGCCCCGCGUGAUCGCCAUGUGCUUCGCGCCGCUCCGAGUCCCGCCCCAGUGACACGCUCCCCAACACCCCGGUGAUACAGAGUUAAACCCGCCAGUGACACGAGGGGAUAAGUGGUUUAAAUGUGCCCCGCCACCAGUGUUUAUAAACAUAGUGUUUUCUAUUGGAUUACCUGACCUCACAGACGAUGAGACGGCGAGUCGAUCUGUGCGUGCACUUGAUAUUCGCAACGAUAUCCGGGCUGCACGCCGCCAUCAUCCCGCCCCCGUGGGGCGACCCCACGACCAACCCUUGCGUCACGCAGCCUGGAGGAUGGCAACUCAUCUUCUGGCCCGCCGACAAGAAGUGCUACCGCAUCUUCCAGAAAGGUUACCCAUGUCCAGACACAAUGGAGUUGGUUCCAGGGACAGGUGGUGGGCCUCCCAUUUGCCAAUGUCCACCAGGAUCUGCCCAGAGUGCCAAGGAUGGCCGUUGUCAUCUACUCUUUCAGACAGCUCCCUGUGACCCUGGACAGUACUUUGCACCGCUCCCCAUUGAUUUAGAGGGACAGCGAUGGGGAAAAUGUGUGGAUCCUGAACCCUGUCCUGAAGACCACUUAUUCUGGGCUAAGGACAAGCAGUGCUAUUCUGCCAACUCAAGAGGGCCCUGUCCAGAGGGACAACUGCUCAUCUCUAGCAAAACCAGUCCAUCGAUAGGAGAGUGCCGCUGCGAAAGUACAGGACACUUGUCCCAAUAUUACUGGAGUCCCACAGGAACUUGCCAUGAGCAUUACACAACAGGUCCUUGCCUAGAGAGAGGCGGAAUAUUUUUGCCAGGAGGUAAAUGUGGCUGUCACCACACUCUUCCACAUUAUCAUAACUUGACAAACCGGUGCUAUCCAUUAGGUGGAGCUGGGCCCUGUUCGCAAGGGCAGCAGUUUAUAGUCCAAGUGCCUGGAAACAGAGCUGAAUGUGUCUGCAAGGAAGGCUACGUCCGUUGGGUGGGCGAUAAUGCCUGCUACCGACCAUACACCAGAGGACCUUGUCCCCCAGGUCAACUCUACAGCGUAAAUUACACGAUAACUGGAAUGGAAAUUGGAUGCAUUCCUCUACCGUGCCAGACAGGGAGGCUGUACUUCCCAGGCGGCAAAGGUUGCCACAGGGUGGGAUCUCAAGGACCCUGUCCACCCGGUCAAAUUGUUCUGUUUCAAGACAGCGUGAAAACAAGCAUUGAGGGCAUAUCAUACCAAGGGAUGUGCGGCUGCAAGGCAACGUCUUCUGAUCCAAAUACAAUAUUUCCCAUGCCAUUCAGAGGAGAGCCUGGCAACCCUCUCAACCAAUGCGGGGCUCAAGCACGCCAGUCGAACUCCAAUCUGAUCUCUGGGAGUGAGGACAACUCCGAAAUUCUGGAGGAUCUGUGUGGCUCUAAGCGUGGCGUCAUCCAAUGGGCAGAUGGAACAUGUCGGCAACUUUACACACAAGGCCCCUGCAAUGUAGGUGAAUGGAUAGUGCCUGAUCGAGGCAAAGGUCAGCGCAAAGGCAGAGGGUGGAAGGUUGGGAAAUGUGAGUGCCGCCCCGGCUUCACACCCAAUCGAGAUGAGAAGACCAACAUCACUACAUGUCUACCACCAGUCGUUACAAUUGCAAAGUUCUUGAACAGCAAGAGUUACCAAUUCAACAACAGUUUUACUAGUCCGCAACAAAAGUUCAAGCCGUCAACCACCUACAGAUAUAAAAACCACAAAGAGCCUACCAGCACAGAGCGGAGCACUGAGGUUCUGAUAAAAAAUACUUUGAGCGCCGAGAACGAGGCGCGCAAUCACAGGAGCGACGAUUCUCUGAAAGCUAGAAAAGAGCUAAAAGAGAAGAGACUGAGAGGAUCUGAGGUAGAGAUAACCGAGAGCAGUAGGCGGUCGGCUGACGAAACAUUAGAAACGACGACGAGUUUCAGUGAGAAUGUGAUUAAAGGUCUGAGUGAGGACAAUGCUAGAGCUUUGAGGGAAGAUUUGAAUGAGCCAGAAAAAAGGCCGUCAAGUACACUUGUGCCCAUAAUAGAUUUAGAAACGCUAUUUGAAGAAUUGAGUUCAUCUAGUGUUGAAUUGCGGUGAUAACAAUUUUUUUUUUAAAAUUUGUCCUCCGAAGGAAAAAGUUAAUUUUCUUUUGACAUACUUAGAAAGAGAGAAAACAUUGCACAUAUGCCCAUCGGAUUAGUUCUUAUUUAUUUUGUAAAUAUUACUCAUGAAAGGUACUUACCUGUAAGGAAAGACUGAUUUAGAAUUUUUACUUCCCUUUUUUGUAAACUUCAAUGCUCAUUAAAGUAAGCAUGUAAAUAUGAAGAAUUAUUUAUUGGAAAUUUUACUCCUUGUUAAGCGUAAUUGAAACAGCUGAUUCAUGAAAUCCACUCUCAACCAACCUUUAUCAACUAUUUUAAAUUAUCACUUCUAAGGAUAAAAAGAAGCAAAAAAACUGAUCUGAGUUGUUCAUAUUAGCAUGAUUUGUACAAAGGAAUAAUUAUUGUGAACAUAUCUUUUGUUCUACAUAGUUUUCGUACUAUUUGAAAAAAAAAAUCGGCUCUUGUAAAAACCGCUGAUGUCGAUUUUUACUAAUUAAGAAAAAGCUGCCAAAAAUUGCACAAGCCUUUCAUUCGUACAAUUACGUAAGAACUGCUUAUACAACACUCUCUGAUGCUCUAUGACACCUAAAUACCACAGAUCCCUAUCCCCAAAGGUCCUUCUGGGAGCAGGCAUUCCCUCAUUUCUUGUUCAACUACGUAUCGCCACGCCUUCAUGGGGCAUUUUUUUUUCUCCCCCCAGGAAGAUACCGAUCAAAAUUUUUUCGCCAGCCUUUCUUCUAUCAUUCUGGUCACAAGACCAUACUAGACUACCUGUUUGGUCAUGAUGUUGCAUACACACAGGAUAACAUUUUGUUAAAGAAAUGUCCUUCAAAACUCCCAAACUUAUCACCAAACCCUAAAAAUCUCCAUACCCAAAUCUUGAAACCUCCAACAGUUUUCAAGACCAAAAAUUUCACAAGAUAAACAAAUGAGCAUUAGCUGUUUUUGCAAAAGUCGAUUUAAAGGAAAUGUACAUACAUAUGUUUGUGAUAAGUUACCGACUUACAGUUACAGAAAGUGAUAGUCCGUUACUUCACAUUAAUAUUGCUCGUUAGAUUAGUCCAAUAACCAAUUGAAUUUUACUUAAAGAAAAAAAUAAAUGAAAAGGUUGAAAAAGA